CUUCAACAAGGCUCCGUCCGCAGCAUUGCCCUCGCCAAUGUUGGUCUUCAGUUGACCAUUCCCACUGAUUCUUGCAUUGGUUUGAUACUCGCGACAUCAUGGCGGGAGAAAUGGAGAAUCCCUUGAUAUCCUCGAAACCCUCUGAUUCCAGCCUCAGUGUGUCACUCCAUCCGCUUGUCCUCCUCACAGUCUCCGAUCAAGUUGCAAGACACUCCGUCCGAAACCAGCGGGGUCCAGUCGCUGGUGCACUGCUAGGGCAACAGAAGGGACGUGAAAUAACAGCAGAAUAUGCAUUUCCUGUCGAGCUAGUACCAAACAAGGAGGGACACUGGCAAUUCGACGAAGAAUGGAUGGAAACAAGAAUUCAGCAAUACAAGGAUGUCCAUAAAGCACCAGCUCUCGAAUUCGUCGGAUGGUUCACUCUCUGUCCUGAAUCCGGUCCCUUAGCGGAAUUCGUUUCUCUGCAAAAACAGGCAAUAACAUUCUACAACGACAGCGCGAUCCUGCUUGCGUUACACCCAGAAGCCAUAAAAGCAGGGAGCUCGACGGGAGGAAAACUACCCAUAUCCAUCUACGAAGGCGUCUUCGAGGCCGAGCGCGCGAAAGAUGAGGCCUCCAUGCAAGUUGACGGACAAGAAUCGACAGACAUCAAGUUCAUCCACCUGCCAUACACAAUCGAUACCGACGAAACAGAGAUGAUCGCAAUCGACUACGUGGCCAAAGGAGCAGGCAGUGCGGCCGCGGUGGGCGAGUCCCGGGCACAGUCGACAGAAUCCUCCACCAAACCAGCCGAACCAACAUCAACAGACAAGAAAGGCAAGAGGCGAGCCGAUCUACCGGAGCCCACAGAUAAACACGAAGCAAACGACCUCGAUGACACCCUUAGCGCAUUGACACCCGAAGAAGAAGACCAAGUUGCCAACAUGACGACCCGCUUGAACAGCGUGAAGAUGCUCCAAUCCCGGAUCUCCCUGCUACGCAGCUUCAUCCAGACUCUGCCACCGUCAUACAUCACCGACCAAGACUCGGUCGCAAUUACACCCACGUCUCCGGACCCCACCGACCUCCCGCAUCUCCGCAACAUACAAGCUCUCAUCACACGACUUUCCCUCCUCACGCCCGUUGACAGCGCAUCAUCCUCCCAGCCCCUAGCUGCAGCCUCGCAGUCUCAAUCCAAUGAUGUUGCGCUGGUCAAUAUGCUCUCAUUGCUGGGCCAGGACAUCCAGGCUCUCAGCGAACUUGGCGGGAAAUUUGCGACGGUCGAAAGCACCCGGAGCUCGGCGAAAAGCAAGCAUGCUGGAGCAGUACCGAAAGGUGGGGGCCUCGGAGGUGGUGCAUAUGAAGGCUUGGUGGAAGGUGAUGGUCGAUUUGGUGGGCUUGCUAUGAGUAAUGUCGGUGGAAUGAUGGUGUGAAUUGUCGUGACCAUGCCGACUCUUUCCCAAGCCAUGAGAACGUGGCUAUCACGCUACGCUGGCCGACCGAUUUCGGAUUGAGGUCUUCUCGAGCCACCGAUCGAAGCUAUGGGCCGUGUCUAGGGAAUGCGAGUCACGAAAAGCCCCAGUAAACAAGCCACUGCUGGAUGAAUCGAGAUGGGCUCAGUCUCACGACCAAGGCGUUCGCCGAAACAGUGGGGCCAGCGGUCGACCCAUAGACCUGACAAAGCCGAAGGGAGGAUGACAUGGCCCGUGGUUUCCCUCAUAGAGAUGAAUGGCCUUGCGACUUCAUUUCAGGUAAUGAAUGAUAUGAAAAUCUCGGGUCAGCCGAGACAAGGAAUGACCAGGUUUUGAUGCUGGCGAUCGGGUAAGAACGCAACUCAAUGGAAAGGACGGCUAAGAUAGGUACCGUACGUAUGUUUUCGGGGGAAAAAAUCCAGCGACUGGCAACGGUGGCAACAGGGCAUUACCAUCGCAUCUGCAUUGUGACUACUACGUAGUAAACUUCGAGUGGACUGUGG